AUUUCAAGUAUAAAUACCGAUUUCUUCUGAAUGGCUUCACGUUGGAGGAAUUACUGGCAACAACGCCAUGAAGUUUCUCGCGGUGCUCUUCCUUGCGGGCUUAGCCCUCGCCUCUGCAAUUCCUGUGCCUCAAAAGGCUGUAGAGGAAUAUGAAUUCGCUAUCGACGACUUGGACUUCGCUUUUGAAGCUGACGAUGGAAACCUUGAGGACCUCAAGAACAGACUGAAGGAACGAUUUCAGGAGAUCCUCGAAAAAGUGAAAGAUGCCAUCGAAAAAGGCAAAGUAGUCAAGGCUGAUUACCUUGAAAAGCUGAAGGAGAUCCGUGAAAAGCUAAAGGACCUGAAGGUCGAUCUGACCGCUAAGGCCAAGGAACUCCUCGAGAAGCUGAAGGAGAAGGCCAAGGACUACUGGCAGAGGAUCCUUGACAAGCUCAACCCCGACAACAAAGAAUCCUACGCUGACGAAAAUCUUGAAGAUCUCAAGAACAAGCUGAAGGAGCGAUACCAAGAAAUCCUUGAAAAACUAAAGGAUGCCAUUGAAAAAGGCAAGGUUGUCAGUGAAGAUACUCUUGAGAAGCUCAAGGAAAUCCGUGGCAAGUUGAAGGACCUGAAAGUUGAAAUCACCGACAAGGCCAAGGAACUCCUUGAAAAACUAAAGGAGAAAGCCAAGGACUAUUGGAAGAGAAUCUUGGACAAAUUGAACCCUGACAACAACAAGCGAUACGUUGAAGAGGAGCUUUAUGCCGAUGAAAACCUAGAAGAUCUGAAGAACAGACUGAAGGAACGCUACCAAGAAAUCCUUGAAAAAUUGAAGGAUGCCAUUGAAAAAGGAAAGGUUGUCAGUGAGGAUACUCUUGAAAAGCUAAAGGAAAUCCGUGGCAAGUUGAGAGACCUGAAGGUUGAAAUCACCGACAAGGCAAAGGAACUCCUUGAAAAAUUGAAGGAGAAGGCCAAGGACUAUUGGAAGAGAAUUUUGGACAAAUUGAACCCUGACAACAACAAAAGAUCCGUUGAAGAGGAGCUUUACGCCAACGAUUCCUUGGAAGAACUGAAGAACAAGUUGAGGGAACGCUACGAGGAAUUCCUUGAGAAAUUGAAGGAUGCUAUCGAAAAAGGCAAGGUCGUCAAAGAAGAUUACAUUGAGAAGUUGAAGGAACUCAGGGAGAAACUAAAGGAUCUUAAAGUUGACCUCGGCAACAGGGCUAAGGAAAUUUUCGAGAAGCUGAAGGAGAAGGCCAAGGACUACUGGAAGAAGAUCCUGGACAAAUUGAACCCUGACAAGGACAACGAGGAGCAGUCUUACGCAGAUGAAAACCUCGAAGAUCUGAAGAACAGACUGAAGGAGCGCUACCAAGAAAUCCUUGAAAAAUUGAAGGAUGCCAUUGAAAAAGGAAAGGUUGUCAGUGAGGAUACUCUUGAAAAGCUAAAGGAAAUCCGUGGCAAAUUGAGAGACUUGAAGGUUGAAAUCACCGACAAGGCUAAGGAACUCCUUGAAAAAUUGAAGGAGAAGGCCAAGGACUAUUGGAAGAGAAUUUUGGACAAAUUGAACCCUGACAACAACAAACGAUCCGUUGAAGAGGAGCUUUACGCCAACGAUUCCUUGGAAGAACUCAAGAACAAGUUGAGGGAACGCUACGAGGAAUUCCUUGAGAAAUUGAAAGAUGCUAUCGAAAAAGGCAAGGUCGUCAAAGAAGAUUACAUUGAGAAGUUGAAGGAACUCAGGGAGAAACUAAAGGAUCUUAAAGUUGACCUCGGCAACAGGGCUAAGGAAAUUUUCGAGAAGCUGAAGGAGAAGGCCAAGGACUACUGGCAAAGAAUCUUGGACAAACUGAACCCUGACAAGGACAACGAAGAGCAGUCUUACGCAGAUGAAAACCUCGAAGAUCUGAAGAACAGACUGAAGGAGCGCUACCAGGAAAUCCUUGAAAAGCUAAAGGAUGCCAUUGAAAAGGGCAAGGUUGUCAGUGAGGAUACUCUUGAAAAGCUAAAGGAAAUCCGCGGUAAGUUGAAGGACCUUAAGGUUGAUAUUACCGAAAAGGCUAAGGAACUCCUUGAAAAACUGAAGGAGAAGGCCAAGGACUACUGGCAGAGAAUCUUGGACAAAUUGAACCCUGACAAGAACAAGCGAUAUAUUGAUGAGGAACUCUACGCCGAUGAAAACCUCGAAGAUCUGAAGAACAGACUGAAGGAACGUUACCAAGAAAUCCUUGAAAAAUUGAAGGAUGCCAUUGAAAAAGGCAAGGUUGUCAGUGAGGACACUCUUGAAAAGUUGAAGGAAAAGGCCAAGGACUACUGGCAGAGGAUCCUUGACAAGCUCAACCCAGACAACAACAAACGAUAUGUCGACGAGGAUUUCUACGCUGACGAUGAAAUUAAGACAGAACUAGGAAGAAAAUUGAACGAACAGUUUGAAGAGAUCUUGGAGAAAGUCAGUGACGACGUCAUAACAGUGAAGGUGGUCAAAAAAGGCUUAAUUGAAAAGUUGAAGGAAAUCCGUGACAAACUGAGAGAAUUGAGAGUCAAAUUGGGCAAGAAGGCCAGGGAACUCAUUGAGCGCCUGAAGGAGAAGUCCAAGGACUACUGGAAGAAGAUCUUGGACAAACUGAACCCUGAUAGAGAAACUGCUCUUUAUGCCGACGAAGACAUCAAAACCGAAUUGGGCAGAAAAUUGAAGGAACGAUUCGAAGAAAUUUUGGAAAAGGUCAAGGAAGCCAUUGAGCAAGGGAAAGUUGUCAAAGAAGAUUUAAUUGAAAAGCUGAAGGAAAUCCGUGAGAAACUAAGAGAAUUGAGAGUAGAAUUGGGUCAAAAGGCCAGAGAACUCAUUGAGCGUCUGAAGGAGAAGGCCAAGGACUACUGGAAGAAGAUUCUGGACAAAUUGAACCCUGAAGAGCGAUAUGUUCUUUAUGCCGAUGAUGAUGUGCAGACUGAAUUGGGCCGAAAACUGAAAGAACGUUUCGGAGAAAUCUUGGAAAUAAUAAGGGACGCUAUCGAGAAAGGAAAAGUAGUGAAAGAAGAAUACAUUGAAAAGCUGAGAGAAAUCCGUGAAAAGUUGAGGGAAUUGAGAAUCGAGUUGGGUCAAAAGGCAAGAGAACUGAUUGAACGUCUGAAGGAGAAAGCCAAGGAUUAUUGGAAGAAGAUUCUGGACAAGCUGAACCCUGAUAGAGAAUCUGUCCUUUAUGCCGAUGAAGACAUCAAAAUUGAACUUGGUAGAAAAUUGAAGGAACGCUUUGAAGAGAUCUUGGAAAAAGUGAAGGAAGCCAUCGAACAGGGAAAAGUCGUCAAAGAAGAUUUGAUAGAAAAGCUGCAGGAAAUCCGUGGCAAGCUGAAGGACUUGAGAGUUGAAUUGGGUGAGAAGGCCAGGGAACUUAUCGAGCAUCUGAAAAAGAAAGCCAAGGACUACUGGAAAAAGAUCUUGGAUAAACUGAACCCAGAAGAGAGAUAUGUCUUUCAUGCCGAUGACGAUGUCAAGACUGAACUGGGAAGAAAAUUGAAGGAGAGCUUCGAAGAAAUAUUGGAAAAAAUUAGGGAUGCCAUCGAGAAUGGAAAGGUUGUCAAGAAAGAUCUGAUUGAAAGGCUGAGGGAAAUCCGUGGAAAGUUGAGAGAAUUGAGAAUCGAAUUGGGUGAGAAAGCCAGGGAACUCAUUGAGCGCCUGAAGGAGAAAGCCAAGGACUACUGGAAGAAGAUCUUGGAUAAACUGAACCCUGAUAAAGAAUCUGCCCUUUAUGCCGAUGAAGACAUCAAGACUGAGCUUGGCAGAAAAUUGAAAGAACGUUUUGAAGAGAUCUUGGAAAAAGUCAAGGAGGCCAUUGAACAAGGAAAAGUUGUCAAAGAAGAUUUGAUAGAAAAGCUGAAGGAAAUUCGCGAAAAGUUGAGGGACAUGAGAGUUGAAUUGGGACAAAAGGCAAGGGAAAUCAUCGAGCGUCUGAAGGAGAAAGCGAAAGAUUACUGGAAAAAGAUCUUGGACAAGUUGAAUCCUGAAGAGAGAUAUGUCUUUUAUGCAGAUGAUGAUGUCAAGACAGAAUUGGGCAGAAAGUUGAAGGAGCGUUUCGAAGAAAUUUUGGAAAAAAUCAGGGAUGCCAUCGAGAAUGGAAAGGUUGUCAAGAAAGAUCUGAUUGAAAGGCUGAGGGAAAUCCGUGGAAAGUUGAGAGAAUUGAGAAUCGAAUUGGGUGAGAAAGCCAGGGAACUCAUUGAGCGCCUGAAGGAGAAAGCCAAGGACUACUGGAAGAAGAUCUUGGAUAAACUGAACCCUGAUAAAGAAUCUGCCCUUUAUGCCGAUGAAGACAUCAAGACUGAGCUUGGCAGAAAAUUGAAGGAACGUUUUGAAGAGAUCUUGGAAAAAGUCAAGGAGGCCAUCGAACAAGGAAAAGUUGUCAAAGAAGAUUUGAUAGAAAAGCUGAAGGAAAUCCGCGAAAAGUUGAGGGACUUGAGAGUUGAAUUGGGACAAAAGGCAAGGGAAAUCAUCGAGCGUCUGAAGGAGAAAGCGAAAGAUUACUGGAAAAAGAUCUUGGACAAGUUGAAUCCUGAAGAACGAUAUGUCUUUUACGCAGAUGAUGAUGUCAAGACAGAAUUGGGCAGAAAGUUGAAGGAACGUUUCGAAGAAAUUUUGGAAAAAAUCAGGGAUGCCAUCGAGAAUGGAAAGGUUGUCAAGGAAGAUUUGGUUGAAAAGCUCAAAGAAAUCCGUGAAAAGCUGAGAGAAUUAAGAGUCGAAUUGGGUCAGAAAGCUAAGGAACUCAUUGAGCGCCUGAAGGAGAAGGCCAGGGAUUACUGGAAGAAGAUCUUGGACAAAUUGAACCCUGAUAGAGAAACUGCUCUUUAUGCCGAUGAAGACAUCAAAACCGAAUUGGGUAGAAAAUUAAAAGAACGUUUCGAGGAGAUUUUAGAGAAGGUUAAAGAAGCCAUUGAGCAGGGAAAAGAUGUCAAGGAAGAGUUUAUAGAAAAGUUGAAGGAAAUUCGAGGCAAGCUGAAGGACUUGAGAGUCGAAUUGGGCGAGAAGGCCAAGGAGCUCAUCGGGAAACUGAAGGAGAAGGCCAAGGACUACUGGAAGAAGAUCCUCGACAGGCUCGGAGUGGAAAAGAGGGCUGCCCACUUCCACGUUGAACAGCUUUUCGCUGAUGAAGACGAACCGAAGACUGAACUGGGUCGAAAACUGAAGGAGCACGUCGACGAAAUCCUGGAAAAACUCAAGGAAGCCAUCGAAUCUGGCAAGGGGGUCAAGGAAGAGACUCUUCAGAAGCUGCGUGAGGUUCGGGAGAAACUGAGAGAAGCAAGGAUCGACCUGAGUAACAAGGCCAAGGAGCUUUUCCAGAACCUCAAAGAGAUCGGAAAGGAGUACUUCAAUAAGAUCCUGGAGCGACUGGGCCUCAACAAGAGGGCCCUCGACUUCUACAUGUAAUGUGCCAACAUUUUUACUUGGACUGUAUAUUGAAUGGACUUCAUAGCAAAUGU